AAGAGUACUUGUUCCUAGAGGUAACAAAACAAUGAAGAAUAAAAUACUGUGUGUAUAUUUUAUUUUCUUUAUUGGUAUUUCACAAUGUGACGAAGGUGUGCGCUCGCGUAGUUCUAGUGGAACUAUGGACACCUUUGAGUUUGGUGGAGAUCCUAUAAAAAGGCAAAGUGGUGAAGUGACGUUUACUAAGUCUGGGACAAUUGGAGCCUUAGAGAAGAAUGUGAGAAUACCGAUAGUGAUACCCGAAUGCACUGAUCUGACUUACGUCCGCGUCGACGUGGACAACCCUAUUGGCCCUCCCUACGUGACAAUGGAUUAUGAUUUGAAUACCGUAGUCAUCAAGUACCGACCUUUACAAUACAGUCUAUCAAGUUAUGUCAUCACAGCUAAGUCUAAGCUUAGUCCACUAUGUACAUUCGGAGUAUAAAUUAUCAUUUUUAAAAGCCAUAUUAUGAGAUCUUAUGCUCAAGUCUUAAAAAAGUUAUUUUAUUUUUGGUCAGCAUUUAGUUUAUGAGGGCGAAACCGUGAAAAUACGUUCCGAAGUAGUCAUAGAACUAUUUGUAUGGUAGCUUACGCUAGCUCCGACUUCCGUCAUCCGAGUUCUCUCCGCCAUCCGUGAGAAUAUGUGCCUCAGAUUCAAAUCGGACGUACUUAUGACGUAGAUAUGUCAAAGAUGUCCACUGAUUAGCUUACAUUUGGAUGAGAGAUCAGAUUUAUUAGUGCGUAAGCAAUAUCCGAGUUCGGUACGAGUUUUUAA